AUGUUUCGGCAUGCUGUAUUCCGAUUGAAAACGUGUUUGCUUUAUGGAUGCACUGAGAAUUUCGGUAAUCUGGUUCAGAAUGGUAAAUUGGGAAACUGCUCUUCUCUUCAUCAAAACUUCAUGAGAAAGAAACAUACAGGAAAUCCUGGACAUAGAAAAAAACCGCAGAAGCGCACGAAAAAUGUCGCUUUACACUCCGAUUUUCAUGAAAAGGUUAAUCGGUGGAAAGAAUUACUAAAAAAUGAAGUUGCCUCCGGUGUCAAAGAAAUCCGGGAUCUUUUGCUCAAUCCGUCGGUUGACGAGUUGGAAAAACUUGGGCAAGUUUCGGAAGCACUUCGUUUCCAAACUCAGUAUUUACAUGCGUUGCACGGACGCGUCCUCGUCUUACACCAAAUAAAAGGAAUAGAGCAGAAAAUCACGAAAAAAACUUUCCGUCCAGGCACGCCUGUGUUGUUGUGCCGAAUUCCCGAGCUUGUAAGCGUUAGCGAUUGUACUGUAAUUUCAUGCUCUGAAAACGAAGUGAAUCUGAAGACAAAAGAAAAAAAAGAAGUGAAUAUUAGUUCUUCUGAUGAAUUUGUACUAUUACCAUCUGUUGGCCUGGGAUAUCUGAUAGCUUUAGAUGAAUUUCUGGAAUUGAAAUGGAGAGAUUUCCCGGGCGAAAAAUUGAUCCAUUAUGUUCAUUGUAGUGCACCUUUACCGACAUCAAGACCAGAUGAAAUUUCCAAAAAAGCAGUUAGACUCAAUGAAGACCAAAGACGUGCUGUAGCUGCUGCAUUAAAUAAAAGCCGACCAAUUGUGACCAUUAAUGGUCCACCUGGUACAGGAAAGACGGCUGUUAUUGCGGAGAUUGUGAUGGAAGCUGUCAGUAGGAAACAAAAGGUACUUAUUUGUGCUCCCUCAAAUGUUGCAGUAAACAAUAUUGUGAGUCGAUUAAAGGACUUGGCAGGAGUAUGUGCACUGGGGUUUAAUUCAGAGCUAUCAUUGGCCAAUGAAUUGGAGCAACAUGACAAAUUCAUUGAUAUACAAUGUGCUUUCGAAAAAUUGGAUUCAGGAAAAGGUAAUGGAAUAUCCGAAAAUAAUCGUGGUGUAAAUAAAAAAACUUGGCAUGAUGCCAUUAAGAUGUUAUGGCAAUUAAAAGAGAGCAUUGUAAGUUGUAAACAAGUGAUUGUAUGCACAUUAACAAAUAACUCACUUCGGUUCCUUCAUGGACAGGGUUUUCAACCAAAUUUGACAGUAAUUGAUGAAGCUGCACAAGCUUUGGAAUGUGUUGCAUGGUACUCAUUGCUUUUAUCUCCAAGGGCUGUAAUUGUUGGUGAUCCAUGGCAGUUACCACCGGUUUUGAAAACUUCACGAUUAUCGGAAGAGGAUGAUAUAAAUAGCUCAUUAAUGGAUACUUUAUUGAAGAGAUUUGGUGAAGCUAAUUCGUUCAUGCUAACAGAGCAAUAUCGUAUGAAUAAGAAAAUUAUGGAAUGGCCUUCUUCAUUUUUUUACAAGUCAAAGUUGCGCCCAAAUGAACAUAUUGCUGACCAACUUUUAAGUGAUAUAAGUGAAGUGCCUAAAGGAAGUUUAUUCGAUGAACCGAUGAUAUUCAUUGACACAAGCCAUGAUAAAUCGAUAGACAGUAAAGAAAAACUAUAUCGAUACUCGUACGCAAAUGCGCUGGAAGCGAAAUUAAUCAUCAAAUAUGUUACUGCAUUGAGCAUAUUUGGUGUGCAAGAGGAAGACAUUGGUAUCAUAGCACCGUAUGUUGCACAGGUGGACAUGUUGAAGAAAUCAUUAAAAACUAGUAGAGUGAACAGUGUGGACGCCUUCCAAGGUCAGGAAUGUGAAGUAAUCGUUAUGUCAUUGGUCAGAAAUAAUAGCGAUGGUCGAAUUGGAUUUCUGAAAGAUGAACGACGCUUCAAUGUUGCCGUGACGAGAGCUCGUCGGCAGUUCGUCCUGGUGGGUAAUGUAACAAUGAUGAAGCAUGCAAAACAUUUGCAGUCCCUUAUCGAAUACAUGCAGAGUCAUGGAAAGAUCGUUAAACAAAAGGAAUUAAUUGAGCAUCUUACUACUAGUAGAAAGCAUUCGAAAAAAUUCAAAAGCAAGCCGGAGACCCGUUAG